UGCCUUUAUUCCACAAACUCCGAAACCGUAGGUGGCAGUAUGCAACUACAGUUUGUUAUUGAUCCGCCAUUACACGGACACAAGAAGAAGACUAGGGAGAAGAAGAAUAACAACAUCGAGGCGAAGAAGAAUAAACCAAUACUAACUGGGUCUUGCUUAUUAUACAUACAAUUAAAAAUGUUCGAUGCCAAUACAUCUGCAAAUGACACGGUUGAGCGCGCUUGUGGAGAUGGAGAGAUUGAAGUGCCUGUGUGUGACUCAAAGAAGCAGGGGCUUAAACCUGUAACGAUACCGGAGGUCAACAACACUCCCUCCUCCAGGUUUCUGCAGGUCGAACUGGAGCUGAACGCUCACCUCCGCCGGCUCACCUUCAGCGAGCCUGUUCGGUACAUUUACAACCCGCUGGAGUACGCGUGGGACACCCACCGCUGCUACGUGGAGAAGUACUGUCAGGGCGGACAGAGGAUCCUGUUUCUAGGGAUGAAUCCAGGACCUUUCGGCAUGGCACAGACUGGGGUCCCCUUUGGUGAUGUAAGGUCAGUUGUUGAUUGGCUGAAGAUCACAGGGGAGGUCGGUCAUCCUCCUGACGAGCAUCCAAAGCGGCGAAUCACAGGACUUGCCUGCACUCAGAAUGAAGUGAGUGGAGCACGUUUCUGGGGCUUCUUCAGGAAGUUGUGUGGUGAACCAGGAUUGUUCUUCAAGCACUGCUUUGUGCACAAUCUGUGCCCGCUCAUUUUUAUCGGUGCCAGUGGGAAGAAUUUAACCCCCCCUGAGCUGCCUGCAGCUGAACGGGAGGCCCUCCUGGCCCUGUGUGACACUGCACUGUGCCAGGCGGUGGAGGCACUGGGCGUCUCCAUGGUGAUCGGGGUUGGGAGGGUAGCAGAGCAGCGGGCGCGGCGAGCUUUCUCAGCCGCAGGUGUCAACGUGAAGGUUGAGGGCAUCAUGCACCCGUCACCCAGGAACCCACGAGCCAAUAAGGGCUGGGAGGAAGUUGCCAAAGUCAAGUUGACAGAACUCGGUGUCUUAUCGUUGCUGAGCAACAUCUGAGCUCGUCAACCUUCUCUGAUGCGUGACGCAUCACUAGCAGCAUGGAGCGCGUUCCCUCUGACAAUGGAUCAUGAUAUGAGGAGUUUGAAUAAAAGACUCGGUACAGUCAUCAUGUCUCCUCACCUCUCAGUCUGUGUCUGGGCAGCUCUAAGAAGUGCUCGUAAUAGACCUUUCCACGUCAGCCAUCACUACUGCUGUAAACACAUCUGUUGAGCAACAUGUUCUUCCUCUUUAACGACCUGUCCGUUCUUUUUGAGGUGUCUUCUCUGAAUGUGUUAGUGCAUGCCGACUACGGCACCAGGCUGGCUACAAAUGAAUGUUAGUAUAAGGUGCUCUGGGUAUAUUAUCAAGUUUAUAGUCAAAGUGUAAACUCGGUAUGUUGGUGAGUUCCUGCGGGGUAGUUACUGUGGUUUAAUUUGUGUAUAAUGUUUCCUUCUGUACACAUUACAUCUAUUGCACCUGUCCAUCCUGGAGAGGGAUCCUCCUCUGUUGCUCUCCUGAAGGUUUCUUCUCUUUUUUUUCCCUGUGAAGGGUUAUUUGGGUGUUUUUCCUGAUCCAAUGUGAGGUUCUGGGACAGGGAUCUCUAUGUGUACAGAUUGUAAAGCACUCUGAGACUAAUUUCUAAUUUGUGAAAAUGGGCUAUACAAAUAAACUGAAUUGAAUUGAAUUAAUUGCAUUCAUUAAACUGCUUAAGACUAUAGUUUGGGGGGAAUGUCUUCUACAAAACUAAACACUGGUAAUAACUUUUCUUCAUGGUUCUGUUUCCAAAAAAGGAAACGAUGCAUUUCUCAGGAAGAAAAGGAAUAAAAGCACUAGCUUUUGAUUGGUGACAUGACAAAACAUCAAUUAUAUUAUUAUAUAUGUAUCGUUAAUGCUGAACCUUUUUACCAGACUACUCUUUUGUAUUAAAAAAAAAGAAAUUAU